AUGGCUUCAAAUGGUAACAUGUUACAACCCCAACUUCCAAGGUUCAGGGGGAAGAAUUUUAAUCAAGGGAAUAUUCAAAUGAAAGUGUUAUAUGGCUCUCAAGAAUUGUGGGAUAUUGUUGAAAGAGGAUACAUUGAAGUUGAGAAUCAGAGUGAGCUCACAAAUCAACAACUUGUUGAGUUAAGAGAAAAUCGUAAGAAAGACAAGAAGGCUUUAUUCUUCAUUUAUCAAGUUGUUGAUGAAUUUAUUUUCGAUAGAAUUUCAAUAGCUACUUCUGCAAAGGCAACUUGGGAUAUUCUACAAUCUACCUAUCAAGGAGAAGAUAAGGUAAAGAUGAUAAGUUUAAGAUCAAAUGGUGAAGAAGUAGGCAAUCAAAGAGUUUUUGAAAAGAUUCUUAGAAAUAUGCCAAGAAAAUUUGAGCAUAUCGUCAUUGCAAUUGAAGAAUCGAAAGACUUAUCUAUGUUGUCUAUAAAUAGCUUGAUGGGUUCUCUUCAAUCCCAUGAGCUAAGAUUAAAACAACUUGAUGUUAAUUCCGAGGAAGCUUUCCAAAUGCAAACUUCAUUCAAAGGUGGUUCACGUGGAAGAUGUGGUGGUCUUGAAAGAUGA